AUGCAUCUGAACGACACCGACGUUGAGCUUCUGGCAGGAAUCCAGGAGGAUUCAGUGGAAUGGGAUCAGCAGAUGGAUGCGGUUCGUCAGAAAGAUGCUGUUAGGACGGUCCUUUCAAUGUCACGACGUGGUAACCAGUAUAUGCAGUCUCAACAGCCGUGGGUUCUAGUGAAAGGAAGUGAGGAUGACAAAAAACGCGCUGGUACUGUCAUCGGAGUUGCGGCAAAUAUUUCUUAUCAUCUGGCUGUAGUACUACAUCCAAUUAUGCCAGAGGUCUCAGCCCGUAUAAGGUCCCAGUGUGCUUUGGACCAAUUACCCGCCUUCUCCACGUACCCGUUAUCAUAUCUCAAACCAGGGCAUAAAAUAGGGACGCCAAAACCGCUGUUCACAAAAAUGGAGAAUGUGAAAGUAGCUGAAUGGAAAGCGAAGUUUGGUGGAUCGAAGACCGUUGAGGACCAAAAUCAAAAGAAACGGAAAGGCGAAUUGUUUAUAAAGCAGAAAGGAGCUGAAUUGGCUGCUAACAUUUCGAAACUCGAAAAAGAAGUUGAAUCUGUCAAACGUCAAUUGAUUGAGGCUGAAACAGCUGCUGGAAUUAAACAAGUUGCGAUUCCGCAGUUAGCCAAGACCGUGGAGAAAGCAGAGCCUGCGACGACUGCCUCUGUGACGAGCGUGAAAAGUGAAAGUCCCGAAAAGCCGUCCAAAAAGGAGAAAUCUGGUGGAGAAAAGAAGCAAGCCAGCUCUGGUGGUAACAAGAAAGCUGAUAAUGCAGCUGCUGAUGAUCAGAUUGACGUGGGACGCCUCGAUCUUCGAGUUGGUCGUAUUGUGCAAUGUGAAAAGCAUCCCGAUGCGGACGCUCUGUACGUUGAACAGAUUGACGUAGGAGAACCUGCACCAAGAACGGUCGUAUCUGGACUGGUUAAGCAUGUUCCACUUGACCAGAUGCAAAAUCGUCUCGUCGUAGUGUUAUGUAAUUUGAAACCUGCGAAGAUGCGUGGAAUUGAAUCGAGAGCCAUGGUGAUGUGCGCAUCAUCGCCAGAAAAG